GAAUGUCCAGGAAAAGGAAACACUCUAUUCUGAUGAAAUUAACGCGCCACCUUGAGUCACGAGAAAUCACCCAAUCACGCAGAGUACCAAGUCUUAUCUCACGUGACCCCCGCCAUUUCUCCACCUCCUCGGUCCUCGUCACUCUCCUAUACAUACAAAUAGUCCUAUCUCUCUCUGUCAUCUCCCUCCAUUUCCAAACCUGUAAAUCCAAAUUCCCUUUUGUUUCUCUUCCUCACGUUCAAAUUCCUAAACCCUAACCCUAACCUGAAUUCUUAUGUGAUUACUACAGUUUUUAAGGAGUAGCGUGAUCGGAAAAUGGAUUCUCCGGCGAACAAUCUGUACGAUACGGCGUCUCAACCGGACACGGGCAACGAUGCCUAUACAUUUUUGGAAUUCAACACACAGGGAGAGGAAUUCGAUUACCCUGAGUUUCACGAGCUUUCGCAGCCAAUUCGGUCGUCUGCGUGGCCUACGCCUUCCGAUUCCUUAGUCUCGGAAGCUCCUGAUCGGCUGCCGUCGUCAUCCGACGCUUCUCCUUCCGCCAAAUCACGUGGCGGUGGUGGAGGAAAUAGUAAUAGUAAAUUUAGUAGUAAUAAGGCGGCAACGGUGGCGGUGGAUGCAUUGGCGGCGGGAAUGAGCGGGUUGAAUUUUGAAGAGACUGGUGAUGAUGAGAGUUUUGAGUAUGGGAAAGGGGAUUUUGCUGUUGAACAUGCUUGCAAGUACUGUGGAGUAGCGAAUCCCGCUUGUGUAGUUAGGUGCAACGUGCCAUCUUGCCGCAAAUGGUUCUGUAAUUCGAGAGGGAACACUUCGGGUUCUCAUAUUGUUAAUCAUUUGGUUCGAGCGAAACACAAGGAGGUAUGUCUUCAUAAAGACAGUCCACUGGGAGAAACAAUUCUGGAGUGCUACAACUGUGGAUGUCGGAAUGUCUUUUUUCUUGGUUUCAUCUCUGCCAAGACAGAGAGUGUCGUUGUUCUCCUCUGUAGGGAACCAUGUCUAAGUGUUAACGCAUUGAAGGAUAUGAAUUGGGAUCUGAGUCAGUGGUGCCCCCUUAUCGAUGACAGGUGUUUCUUGCAGUGGCUCGUUAAGGUCCCGUCUGAGCAAGAACAGUUGCGGGCACGCCAAAUCAGUGCUCAACAAAUAAACAAAAUUGAAGAAUUGUGGAAGACAAAUCCUGACGCUACUCUGGAAGAUCUUGAGAAGCCAGGUGUGGAUGAUGAACCUCAGCCUGUUGGAUUGAAGUAUGAAGAUGCCUAUCAGUAUCAAAACAUAUUUGCACCGCUGAUCAAUCUUGAAGCUGACUAUGAUAAGAUGAUGAAAGAGUCUCAAAGUAAAGAUAACAUCACUAUUCGAUGGGAUAUUGGUCUCAACAAGAAGCGUGUUGCAUAUUUUGUUUUCGCGAAGGAAGACAAUGAGUUACGUCUUGUACCUGGGGAUGAACUACGAUUGCGUUAUUCAGGGGAUGCAGCUCAUCCAGCUUGGCAGUCAGUGGGCCAUGUGAUAAAAUUAACUGCUCAAGAAGAGGUUGCCCUCGAGCUUCGUGCCAGUCAGGGAGUUCCGGUUGAUGUGACCCAUGGGUUCAGUGUUGAUUUUGUUUGGAAGAGUACGAGCUUUGAUAGGAUGCAGACUGCAAUGAAAACUUUUGCAGUGGAUGAAACAAGUGUCAGUGGGUAUAUUUACCAUCACCUGUUAGGUCACGAAGUUGAGAUGCAGAUGGUCCGGAAUACACUUCCUCGCCGUUUUGGUGCUCCUGGUCUUCCAGAGCUUAACGCGUCUCAGGUUUUCGCUGUAAAAAAUGUUCUCCAGAAGCCGGUCAGUUUAAUUCAAGGUCCGCCUGGUACGGGGAAAACUGUCACCUCGGCUGCCAUCGUGUAUCAUAUGGCCAAGCAAGGCCAGGGUCAGGUUUUGGUCUGUGCACCCAGUAACGUGGCUGUGGACCAAUUAGCAGAGAAAAUAAGUGCUACUGGUCUGAAGGUUGUCAGGCUCUGUGCUAAGUCAAGAGAAGCUGUCAGUUCUCCUGUUGAGCAUUUAACCCUUCAUUAUCAGGUUCGUCAUCUUGACACAUCCGAGAAGAGUGAACUUCACAAGUUACAACAAUUGAAGGAUGAACAAGGAGAACUCUCCAGCAGUGAUGAGAAGAAAUAUAAAGCUCUGAAGCGGGCAACAGAGAGGGAGAUAGCUCAAAGUGCUGAUGUGAUUUGUUGCACUUGUGUUGGUGCUGGAGAUCCUAGAUUGGCGAAUUUUAGAUUCCGUCAGGUGCUCAUUGAUGAGUCCACUCAAGCAGCUGAACCUGAAUGCCUUAUUCCUUUGGUUCUUGGAGCAAAGCAGGUAACUACUGCAAUAUAUUUCAUAUUAAGGUUACUGUUAGAGAUAGUUAUGUAAUUAUCCCACAUUGGAAUAGGAGUAGUAUCCCCUUUGUAUAGAGUAGCUAUAAAUAACACAUCUUGUGUUGCAUCACAUACAAUAUAUCAAUGUAUAUCAUAUUUUCUCCCGUGUCUUCUCACAUGGUAUCAGAGCUAUCGUGAGAGAUUUAUCGCUGUGCAUAAAUUCCAGCGAUUCCGGGAAGUAAAAUCAGUCACCGGAACCCUUUUUUCCGGCGACUUUCAAAGUUGUUUUGUGUCUGCUUUGUCUCGGUCAGUGUUGUGCACAAAAUCCAACACUACCACAAGAGUAGUCAGUCCGGCGACCAAAUCCCAGUGAAAAUCUCCGGCGGUACUGUAGCUGUCCAAAGAAAAUUUUCCGGCGAAGUUCCAACGUUGCAUGGGCCACCUUCCGGCCAUUUUUUGGCGACGACUCUUCAGGACAGAUUGUUUCCCUUGCAAUUCCGAGCCUACCCAUCCAGGUUACACCAAAUUCCGACCACUUUUUUAUUUUUCCGGCGUGAAUAGUGAUUU